AUGUCCGACGUCCAACGCCAACCCAACAACCCCGAUGAGGACCACCCCGACGCACCGAUCCCCGACCAUACCUCCCGCCUCGAGAUGGCGGACUCGGACGACACGACCGGAACCGACGAGGUGACGGCCCAGAAGAAGCAUACCUGGGUGCCCUUUGCCCUUCCGCUACACCAUCACGCCAUUCUUCCCCGCGUGCAAACGCUGCCGCUCUACCUCGUCGACCGAUUUGUCCCGCGCAAGAAGCAGCGCAUCGGUCUCGUCGCCUUUUUCUUCGCCGCAUGGAUCGUCACCUUUGCCCUCGUCAAGCGACAGGAGGUGUUUGCUAGCGAAAUCGAAGGGUGGGGCGACCCGCAGACCAUUAGCUGCGGCGCCACCUACUGGGGCCGCGGGAACAAUUGUGGUGUCAACGGCGACGACUGUCGGCCCUUCAACGGGACGGGGUUCCCGUUCCGAUGCCCCGCCAACUGCCGCAGCUAUCACGCGCUGAACCCGAGGGCGGUGGGCAAUCAGAGCGCCAUCUAUCGACCUCUGGUCAUCGGAGGACCGCCGCAAGGGUCCAACGAAGACGCCAUCUAUCGCGGAGACUCGUAUAUUUGCGGAUCCGCCAUCCACGCGGGCGUCAUCUCCAACGACGAGGGAGGCUGUGGCGUGGUUACCCUCGUCGGAGGCCACCAGGAGUACGCCGCCUCGCGACGGUCGGGUAUCGAUAGCCUGGGAUUCGAUUCGUACUUUCCCCUUUCCUACACCUUCAUUGACGAGAUCAAGUGCAGAGCCAAGGAUAUGCGCUGGCCCUUGCUCGCCAUUUCCGUCGUGUUCACCGUGAUCAUGUCCCUCUUCACCUCGUCGUCCACCCUCUUUUUCUUCACCUCGUUUGUCGGCAUCUUUUGGCAUGUCGGGCUCGCAUCGGACCCACCGCGGCACUACUCGAUUCCGGACCUCAUCUCGAAUCUGCUGGGCAAGUUCCUGCCUGCCAUGUUUUGCGCAUGGGUCAUGUACGACAAGAUGGGCGUGCGACGGACGCUCAAGGGCCUCACGGCGCAGAUCGAGAAGACGGUGCUUUGGCUGGGCGCGUGCUGGGUCGGCGCGCUGGAGAACUACACUUUCAACUGGAUUCCCAUCCAGAGACUCAACAAACACGACCUCCAGCAGCAGCCCGGCGCCCGGGGCGCGCUCUCAGCCAUCAUCAUAGUUCUGCUCGUCAUCGUUUGCUCGCAAAUCUACUUCUUCCGCCAGGAGGGCCGCCUACUCAAGUACCUUAGGUUGUACGCGCUCUUUGUCCUGUCCAUUGUCGUUUGCCUCGUGCUCCCAGACCUAAACCUCCGGCUCCACCACUAUAUCCUCGCGCUGCUCUUCCUACCCGGUACCAGCCUCCAGAUGCGGCCCUCGCUCCUGUACCAGGGUCUCCUCAUCGGCCUCUUCAUCAACGGCAUCGCGCGCUGGGGCUUCGAUCCCGUGCUGCAGACGGACCUUGCGCUCCAGGGCGAUGCGCAGCUCGGCACGAAGCUACCCACGAUCCUGGAGCCCGAGAUUCGGCUCAACGACGCCAACGUGUCCACCAUUACCUUCCACUGGGAGGACCCCGAGGGCAUCACCUACGACGGCCUCUCCGUCCUCGUCAACGAUGUGGAGCGCUUCCGCGGGUACUAUGAUGAUGCGACGACCAAGGUGGACACGUUUACGUGGGAGAGGAAGCACGACCUCGGUCUCAACGAAUACUUUCGGUUCGGCUACCUCGACGGGCGUACUGGAUUGGAUUACACCAAAGCGGGCGUGUGGACCUCGGAUGGAGAGUGGGUGCAAAUGGCACCCGGGCCUUCGAGCAUCGAGGGUAUGGGAGAGGUGGAAGAGGAAGAGAGUGAAGACGCAGGUGCUGUCGCUCGCAAGUUGCGCAAGUGA